AUGAGGACUGUUUCCUUGACUCAAUUGCUUUCAACAUGCGUUGAUGCGAGCCAUCAGGGCUGCAAGAUCAUUCGAGCCUUUCAAGAAAAGGGAUAUGGAGAAGGCAAACUGAAAGAGGAGGGUGACGCCAGAAGUGUUCUCACACAAGCAGAUCUCGACGCCCAAGCCAAAAUAAUUGGCAGCUUGAGAGGAACUUGGGGGAGUGAACUCAACAUUAUUGGGGAAGAAGAUGAAGGAGAUGCAGCUCCAACCUUUGAUGGAAACUUGUUAAACAUGAAUCUACUAGAUGAGACAUCGUUACAGGACGAAGAACUAUCACUUGAUGAGAUAUCGCUCUUUGUAGAUCCUUUGGAUGGGACACGAGAGUUCGUUGAAGGUCGGCUGGAAAACGUUGCUUCCCUCAUUGGAAUUGCUAGACACAACAAAACUCUUGCAGGUGUUGUUGGGUUGCCAUUUGCCCAAGCGCCAGAGGCUGAUAUUGUAAUUCACUAUGGAGCUGCACAUCAGAAAGGCAGUGCAGGUACUUGGCCUGUUUUGAAAGAGAAGGAUGGAAGCAUUGACGACAAUGUUGUGACAGUCUUCACUGGAGAUAGCAAGGACGAGAUACUGCAAAAAGCAACGUUGCAUGCAUUAAAUCUGGCAGAAAACACCCGUCAUGUCAUUGUGGGGGGAACAGCGUCCAAGUUCCAACGGCUUUUGAGCGUCCCGAAUUCGGUUGCAGUUCUACAUUUCAAAUCCCAGCUUUGGGAUACCUGCGCUUCCGAGUCGAUCAUCAACAGCAAAGGUGGAAAAGUGACUGAUAUGUUUGGAUCACCACUCGUCCAUUCACCACAACGUUCGUUCGGAAAUAUUUUUGCAGUCAUUGCAUCAUCAGGAGAUAAAGAGGCCUCGGAAUUACACGACAAAUUAUGUGCUCAGAUGAGGGCUGACACGAAGGCUGUGCACAAAAUCUUUGGAAAAUGGAUGGGAAGCACUGAACCAAGCACGCCUCAAGCGGUGGAUGUGAUUCGAAACCUGGACGGCAUCCCUCUAUCCACAAAGGAAAUCGAAGAUUUUGUGCUGGAGGGCCGUAAAGGUAGCUUGAAAGGGUACUCAGCGCCAGAGUCGGGUGCGUGGAGAGGUAUGAUGUCAAAUGGUGGGAGAUUACUUUUGGAAUGGGAGAACAAUGACGACGGCGAAUUGCCUUCUAGCGUUUUCUACAAGCGAAUUGUUAUGGCAGAUUUGGAACACUCAAGGAAUAAGCUUAUGAAUGCUCCCCACAAACUUAUUCGUGACGUAAAGAGCUAUCAAGUUGAAACUUCUUUCUUGACCAGCCGAGCGUGUCAAGAGGGAUUGAUCAAGGAGGCAGGAUUGAAGAUCAACAAGGUCUUUGGAUCAGAUCUUCGACCAGUGGCGUCGACUUUCGGUCCAAAGGAACAGCUCCAGUCCAAAUUUUCGAUUCUUCUUGAUGAUUUCAAUGCCGAGGAUGGAUGGGAGCAACGGUGGCUACUGGACGAAUCUGCGGCAAAGGCGUCAAUUGCCGAAUUUGCAAAAAUGCAUGCUUAUUUCUGGGACGGUUCUAAUUUCUGGAAGCAGCAGGGAGGACAGCUUGCGGAAGAACUGGAGGCUUCUGUUUGGGAAAAUGGCGGAUAUAUGCAGCCGUCCCUUCAAGGAUUUGAACAAUAUGAAAUUGUUGCAAAAGGAUUUGAAGCACGGCUCCCAACAUUUGAAGAAGAGCUCAAGCAAAUACCUGAACUAAAGGAUGCGGACUUGGUAAACAUUGGAAAGCGGUUGGAAUCUUUGGUUGCUCGGGCUGGCCGAGAAUCGCAUCCGUUCAAAGCAGAUAAAGCAACGAGUGACGAAUUCAAGCGUUACCGCACUCUUAUUCAUGGCGAUCCCAAGCAAGCAAACAUCUUUUUCCGGAAGAGUUCCCAAGGAAGCUACCAAGUAGGCUUGAUUGACUUCCAAUGGACUGGAUUUGGUCUGGCCGCAACAGAAGUCGCACAUCACUUUUCGGCUUCUCUCCUUCCAAGUUGUCUCUCCUACGAUGGCGUCAAAGAAGCAGAGCUCCUCGACUACUACUAUUCUAGUCUCAAGAAAGACCUUGUGAGAUUUGGUGCCGCGUCAUCAGAAAAAGAUGUAGAAGAAAGAGUCUUCCCAAGAGAAAUUCUACAGGCACAGUAUGAAAUUGCUCUCCUGGAUAUCUGUCGAAUGGUCUUUGCAUAUGCUUGGCGCAGAUGGAAAGCCGAAACUGAACCCACAGCUGCUUCACUGAACAGAAAUGCGUACAACAAGUCAACUGAAAGCGCUCUGUGGCUGAUCACUCGGUGUCAUGUCCUCCUGCAGGAAUUAGAGGCAAAGAGGGGAAUCUAG